AUUGCGAGGCGCGGUACGCAAAUUGUCGGAAGCGCCGAGAGCUGAUUGGUCUAAAGUGAGGAGUGGGCGGGGCUGAACGGCUGAAGUGCUUUGUGAUAUUUGCCUGCCGAGCGCGGGGGGCGUGGCGUUGGACAGCAAGGUCUCUGGGAGAACAGAAUAUGGACAUUUACACUGUUUUUCACCUUCGCUGAGAACAUCCUCAUUGCGCUGAGCGCGGGCAAAGGUUCAUAUACUUGAGGAUAAAGCGUUCACCAUGUAUAUAACCCGCAGUCACUGUAUGACGGUCUUCACUGGUCGGGAAUGAACAGCGAGUUAAACCACAAGGGGAAAACCUCACAUCUUACGGAUUAUUAUUUCUGGUGCUCCUGAAGUUCUGCCGCCUCCAUGGAUUAUCACAGCGACCACCAACCCAGAGUGGUUAUAAUCGGUGCCGGCUUUGCAGGACUUGGUGCUGCGGCCACCUUGGUGAAACAUGGAGUAACCAAUCUCGUCAUCCUGGAGGCAUUAGAUCGGGCAGGUGGACGGGUUUUGACACAUAAACCUUUCGGAGCUGCUGCUCUGGAGCUAGGAGCCACCUGGAUCCAUGGCCAAAAGGGCAACCCACUCUACAAAAUGGCCAAAGAGAGAGGGCUACUGGCCGAAGAAGGGUCCAAUAUGGUGUCUUGCCAACCGGCAUCUGUAACCCCCGAGGACUAUUUUUUCAAUGAGCAAGGAAAGCAAUUGCCUCCAUCUCAGGUGGAAAAGGUUACCUGCUUUUUUAAUAGGUUGAUGUCUCAAAUCAACCAGGAAGACUAUAAACCAGAAUGUGAGUCAUGGUCAGUCGGGGAAUAUCUAGAUAGUGAAUUUGCCUUGUCCAACCUUUCGAAGGCUGAAGGUAGUGAAAGUAUUUAUGAGUGGUGUAAGCGACUAGAGUGCGUGGACGAGGCCUGUAACUCCAUGUAUGAAUUCUCGUUGAAUCAGCUUAGCUUAUACACAGCUCUUGAUGGGCCCUUCUACAACUCCUUGGGCAGUAAGGGUUACCAGGGGGUACUAGACGUCUUAAUAGACCAGCUGCCUUCUAACACUCUUCGCUGUCAUAAGCCGGUUCAGUGCAUCCAUUGGGAAGGAUCUUCUUCCAUUUCGAAGGAAUCAAAACAUCCGGUCAACGUGGUUUGUGCAGAUGGUGAGCAGUUUCCAGCCGAUCACGCCAUUGUCACGGUCUCUCUAGGAUGCUUGAAGGAGCGGGCGUCUACUCUGUUUGACCCUCCAUUGCCAAAUGGAAAGACGGAGGCCAUCCAGCGAUUGGGAUUUGGCACAGUGGCCAAGAUCUUCUUGGAGUUCUCAGAACCUUUUUGGCCAGAUGACUGUGCGGGAAUACAGCUGGUGUGGGAACAAGGCCCUGAGAGCCCCAAGGGUUAUUCUGAUGGGUGCAAAAAACAAUCAUGGCGCUCCGAGUGGUUCAAAAAGAUUGGAGGUUUUGACUGCGUUCCCAUGCAUAAAAGCACCUUGUGUGGUUGGAUCACUGGAUUGGCUGCGGAGCAUAUGGAGACCCUCCCUGAAAGUGAAGUGGGGGAAGUAUGUGUCAGUCUAUUGAAGAAAUUCACAGGUUGGCCAGUGACAGAAUUGCGAGGGGUGCUGCGCUCCAGGUGGCAUAGUAAUCCCUAUAUACGAGGGUCGUACACUAAUGUGCCUUUAGGGGUGGAUGCGGUGAAGGAGCAGAUGGCCCUGGCAGAGCCACUACCAUCCACAUAUCAAAGGAAGAUCCAACAGCCUUUGCAGGUGCUUUUUGCCGGUGAAGCGACACACCCCAACUUCUACACCACUACACAUGGCGCCUAUAUGAGCGGCAUACGGGAAGCAGAGAGGCUCAUAAAACUGUACGAGAAUAAAGCGCAACCCCGCCUCUAAUGUAUCCGUCAGCCAUCAUGUCUGUAAUAAAAUGAGUUGUGGCGCCACUAUGUCUACCGCUAUAUGUGCUGUAAGUGACCGGCAAACCAAUACAUUAUCAGAUGUGCUUGUUUAUAACAAGUCUCCUACCUCUGUCUAAAUCAGUAGUCAUAAAACUACAACUCCCAGCAUGCUGCUUCCAUCAGGACUACAAAUUAGAGACCACUUAUUAAAAUGGUGCCUCACAGUGUCCAUAUUUAUAACCUAUAUGACCCCCAUCAGGUAACAAAGAGCAAUAUUGUUAAA